UAGUGCUUACAGAAAACUACUGAAGAUGGGAGGUGCAGUGAGUGCAGGAGAAGAUAAUGAUGAAUUAAUUGAUAACCUGAAGGAGGCUCAAUACAUCCGGACGGAGCUGGUAGAACAGGCCUUCCGAGCCAUUGAUCGAGCAGAUUACUACCUGGAAGAAUUCAAAGACAAUGCUUACAAGGACUUGGCAUGGAAACAUGGAAAUAUUCAUCUCUCAGCACCAUGCAUUUACUCUGAGGUGAUGGAAGCUUUGGAUCUGCAACCAGGGCUGUCAUUUUUGAAUCUGGGCAGUGGCACUGGUUAUCUGAGUUCUAUGGUUGGACUCAUCUUGGGUCCUUUUGGUGUUAACCACGGGGUGGAGCUUCAUUCCGAUGUCAUCGAAUAUGCAAAGCAGAAAUUGGACUUCUUCAUUAAAACAAGUGACAGCUUUGACAAAUUUGAGUUUUGUGAGCCAUCAUUUGUGACUGGCAACUGUCUGGAGAUUUCUCCAGACUGUACUCAGUAUGACCGGGUUUACUGUGGGGCUGGAGUGCAGAAGGAACAUGAAGACUACAUGAAGAACCUGUUGAAAGUUGGAGGAAUUCUUGUCAUGCCUCUAGAAGAGAAGUUGACCAAGAUAACUCGUACUGGUCCUUCUGCCUGGGAGACCAAGAAGAUUCUUGCUGUUUCCUUUGCUCCUUUGAUUCAGCCCAACCAAGCAGACUCAGGAAAAUCAAGGCUGGUUCACUUGCCCCCGGUGGCCGUUCGCAGCCUGCAGGACCUGGCUCGCAUCGCCAUCCGAGGAACCAUCAAAAAGAUUAUCCAUCAGGAAACAAUGAGCAGAAGUGGGAACGGGCUGAAGAACCCCCCCAAAUUCAAACGGAGACGCGUGCGUCGCCGCCGCAUGGAGACGAUUGUGUUCUUGGACAAAGAGGUCUUUGCCAGUCGGAUCUCCAACCCCUCUGAUGAUAACAACAACAGUGAGGACAUGGAAGAUGAGAGAGAAGAAGAGGAAGAAGCUAAACCCUCUGAACUAAAGCCAGAUCCCCCUGUAAACUUUUUGAGAGAAAAGGUCUUGAGUCUGCCUUUGCCUGAUCCCUUGAAAUAUUACCUGCUUUAUUACAGGGAAAAGUAA